AUGGCUCUGGAGGCAUCCCAAGCCGCGCUGGCGGCUUCGAACAGUCAGAUGUCCGCAAGUGAGAUUGCAAAUUUGACUGAGAAGUUCAAGAUUGGGACUGCGGAGGAGAUCCCAAUCAUUGAAGAACAAGGUGGGAUCGCACUCACCUCCGAGGAAAUCGUUGCGCAAGACAUCCUAAGUGUUGUACGGGCGGGCAUGUUGGAGGAAGAGGUCAUCGGGGCCGAGGCGAUUGCUGCCGUCCGAGGACUUGCGCGAGCUGGCAUCUAUGGACUCAUCGCAGCGGUGGUUGUAUUUGGGAUGAGCAUCCCAAUUCCUUCUGCUCUUGUCCAAUAUGCUGACGUUAUUCUCGAUAGGCCAUGGAACUCUUUUCCAGUCUCAGGGAGGACGCACAGGCUGCGAAGCUCAAGGCAAUCAUUGAAAAGACUUCGACUGCUCGGCUCUACGUUCAAGUCGAAGAAAAGACUGCAGUGGCGUAUUCGUCUCUAAAUGCUGAGAUUGAGAACAUUGCGGAAGCAUAUGUCGACAGGGAAACCAAGCCGCAAAAGUUCCAGAAAGCACUCGAUCGGUUCACCCAGUCGGCCGGCAACUUGCUGCCAAAUGUAGAUGAGGUCUACGCCCAGCUCUUCGAGGGUGAUACACAAGGAGGGGCUUGGGUUGGAGAUGACCCAUAUUUGGAACAGAUGAAAAGCAUGCAUGAUGAUGAGAUCAGAGUCCGUAAUACUUAGUUUCGGAUCUCAAACUGAGCAUAGAUGUGUUCGAUCACACAUAGCAUUAAAGUACUC